AUACACAACACAACACAAUGUCAUCCACACAACACACACAUGAAAACCGUGAAAUGUCAAGCUGGGAAGACGGUUUCAAGCAUGCAAAUAUUCCGAUGGAAACAUUAGCUCGGCUGGUGACUGCUACCAUGCUAAAAGACUACGGGAGUGCGCUGGAGUAUUGUAAGAUGGUUCUGGAGCUGGAACCUGAACUGGAAGUGGCACAUAAGCUCCGUUAUCUUCUAACAAAAAGGAUGGAGAAUAAGACUGAGAAUGAAUCAGAGAGUGACUCUGGGUACGAAUCAGAUUCUACCAGAUGUGAGUCAGACUCUUCAAUAUGCGAGUUAGAUUCUGCCACUGAGUCUGAUGUAGAGGCAGAAAGAAGAGAGUAGAAUUGUGGAGCAAGGUAGAAGAUCUUGCUUUGAACAUAUACACGUUACACUAAACUUAUUUUAAUAAAACAUCAAUUACA